AACAGACAUGAAAUAUGUGCAGAUCUGAAACUUCAUCUGAAUUCUUCAGGAGGUUUGAAAGAUGGGUUUUUCCACUAGCAGGAAGGCCGCAUAACACCAUCAAGACGGCCGCCAUCUUUGUUUACAACAAUAGUAGCCGAGCCUUGUGGAGUCACGUGCAUGGUUUGCGCAAGGCAAAGGAUCAUCGCGUGAAGUAUGGCGGACAACAGGUGAUUUCCAUACUGUACUCAAGGGAAGAAAGAGGAAAAAUGCCGGUUUUAUCGAAACCGUACGUUAAGCUAGCUGGUGCAACAGCCCUAGUUGCAAGCACUGCAUUUGUUGUAAAGGAAUAUGGACCACAUCUAUGYGCUAAGGUCAAGUCAAAGUUCUUGUCAUCAACAGGRGAAGAGAUGGCAAUUCGCCCAUCUGAUGCCGGCGGCAAAUUAAAAAGCAGCUUUGCUCUGAACAAGGAAUUCUUGAGCCAGUUACUCAAGCUACUAAAGAUUGUUAUCCCUGGUUUAUUUAGCAAGCAAUGUGUUCUCUUGUUUUUCCAUUCUGGUUGYUUAGURAUACGUACUUUCUUGUCAAUUUACGUGGCGACUUUGGAUGGACAAGUUAUUAAGUCUAUUGUACAAAAAAAUGUACGYAAGUUUGCUCUCCAUUUGAUGAAGUGGAUUAUCGUAGCAAUCCCUGCUACAUUUAUCAACAGUAUGAUACGAUACCUUGAGAAUAAACUUGCUCUUUCGUUUCGCACUGAAUUGGUAAACUUCGCCUACAAGAAGUACUUCGCWAAUCAAACGUAUUACAGAGUUUGUAAUCUUGACAGUCGACUGGCCAAUGCUGACGAAUGUCUAACUGAAGAUAUUAGAAUGUUCUGUAGUUCAAUAGCUCAUCUUUAUUCCCAUCUAACCAAGCCRUGUCUUGAUGUGAUUGUUAUAGUGUGGACGUUGAAUAAGAUGGCUAAGAAAAGAGGAUCGUCUUGGCAUCUGCCUCUUACCAUUGCAGGUGUUGUGAUUUAUGUGACAGCUAUCACUUUGCGUGCACUUUCUCCCAAGUUUGGUAAGAUGGCAGCUGAGGAAUCCAAGCGAAGGGGUCAAUUGCGUCAUCUUCAUUCAAGGGUCAUCACAAAUGCUGAGGAAGUGGCUUUCUACAGUGGCCAUAGGGUUGAACUUGCACUACUCUUGGAUGGAUUUAAAUCCCUAGCCAAACAGAUGGAACUGAUUUACUUUAAGCGUCUUUGGUAUAUUAUGCUAGAACAAUUUCUUAUGAAGUAUGUCUGGAGUGCUGCUGGUCUGUGUAUGGUUGCCACUAGUAUUCUUUUGGGUUCUGGUUCUCCAGAAGAGCAAGCAACAUUAGGAGARGAUAAUGGUGUUAGUGCAAGAGCACAGUCUAUAACUACAUCAAGACAUCUGCUUAUCUCUGCUGCUGAUGCCAUUGAAMGAAUCAUGUCUUCAUAUAAAGAGAUAACAGAGCUAAGUGGCUACUCUCACAGAGUCUCUGAGAUGUUGGYUAUAUUUGAGGAUUUAGAAAAGGGUCAUUGCAAGCGCAUUGCUGAUAAACCAGACAAAAAUACAAUUGCAGUGAGUGGAGGCAAAGCUGGCGAUGUUGUACAACUUGAUCAACUACCAGGCGGKGAUGUUACUGAUACUGAUGGUGACAUUGUUCUCAAAGAUGUUGCAAUAAUCACUCCAUGUGGAGAUAUUGUGGUUACUAAUCUGACAUUUCAGUUGCAGCCAGGUAUGCAUUUGCUGAUCACAGGCCCCAAUGGGUGUGGCAAGAGCUCCUUAUUCCGUAUAUUAAGUGGUCUGUGGCCAGUGUAUAUGGGUCAUCUAGCCAAGCCGCCACCAAGUCACAUGUUCUAUAUUCCACAAAGGCCAUAUAUGGCAAUAGGUUCACUGCUUGACCAGGUCAUAUACCCUGACAGUGUGUGUGACAUGAAGAGCAAAGGCAUCACAUACGACGACCUGGAGAAAAUUCUUUCUACAGUACACUUGCAACAUGUUGUUAAGAGAGAAGGAGGUUGGAGUACUGUGAAAGAGUGGAAGGAUGUCUUUUCUGGAGGAGAAAAACAGAGAAUGGGAAUGGCAAGAUUGUUCUACCACAGGCCCCAGUUUGCUCUGCUUGAUGAGUGCACCAGCGCUGUGAGUAUUGAUGUUGAAGGCAGUAUAUUCCARGCAGCAAAAGAUUGUGGAAUCACUCUAUUAAGCAUUUCACACCGACCUUCGUUAUGGAAAUAUCACACUCAUUUGUUACAAUUUGACGGAGAAGGUGGAUGGAAAUGGGAAGAACUUGAUACAGCCACUAGACUUAGUCUCAAUGAAGAAAAGCAAAGACUAGAAUCUCAACUAGCCGGUGUACCUGCAAUGCAACGAAGGCUUAAAGACCUUUGUUCCUUGUUGGGUGACGACUCUGUUUUAUGUAAAUGAACAAUAAUAUUCUUAUACGGACACUGAUAUCUAAGUCAUCAUUUUCAAAGACACAAAUAGUUACUUAACUUGCUAAACUACUUGGAUUGUAUAAUGGUGACAUUUUAGUGACASGAUUUUAUCAGAUUCAAAGAUAUGUAUUAUCAUUUUCAAACUUUUUUAGAUUACUAUAUUCAUACUAUUAUUAUUAUUACUUUAUAAUUCAAAUAAUUUAUUGGAURUACUUGUGUACAUGUACUUGUGCUCUUGUUGAGAAUUUUAUUAUUAUCAUUAUCUCUUUCAUCAUCAUAAACAAUAUUAUGCCUGACUCAUAGCAAUCACUAUCAAUAGCUUUCUACCAUAAGCACUAGAAAAAUUCUGGAAUUUUCAGUGAAAUGGAAUUGAAAUAAAAGAAAAUAGAUUUAACUACAGACURCAUCA